UAACGAAGGGGUUCGUUUUUAAGGUGCCACAAAAGUUGGGCGCUUUUGCAUUCCUCCACAAAAAGCCGGUCUCUUUGGAAACUCGCACGCCGCUAACCAGGAAGUCAGUUUAUUAUGGCCCCUCUAGCCCUCGGGUCUCUAUGGCCCGCCGUCACGUGGAGCGUGCGCGGGGGCCGACGGGAUUUGGCGCGCGUGGAGGCGAGCCGCCCUGCUAGUCUCGCUUCGGCCUCCGCGGGAGAAGGAGAGGCUCUCCUGCACUCCGCUGAAACCGCUUUGCUGAGAUUCCCCUCGGGUCGCCGCCAUGCCGGUCGCCCUUAGCCCGGCCACUGGCCCUGCCUUGCUGGAGGAAGCGGGCCGCAUCAUCGACCAGCGGAUCCAAGAUGACCGCUGCUACCCGGACCUCUCGGAGCUAUUGGCCGUGCCGGCGCCCGGUAGCCCCUCGGUUUCUGGAAUGGCAGAUAUGGAUUAUCCAUUACAGGGUCCUGGUCUUCUUUCAAUUCCCAGCCUUCCAGAAAUAAGCUCAAUUCGGAGAGUUCCUUUACCCCAUGAACUAGUUGAACAAUUUGGACACAUGCAGUGCAAUUGCAUGAUGGGGGUAUUUCCUGAGAUAAGCAGAGCAUGGCUGACCAUAGACAAUGACAUUUUUAUGUGGAACUACGAAGACGGGGGAGACCUUGCUUAUUUUGAUGGCCUCAGUGAAACCAUCCUUGCUGUGGGACUGGUGAAACCAAAAGCAGGAAUCUUUCAGCCGCAUAUAAGGCACUUGCUGGUUUUGGCUACACCUGUGGAUAUCAUAAUUCUAGGACUGAGCUAUACUACCCUGCAAGGAGGUUCUGGAGCUCUCAGUGAUAGUAUGUCUGGCGGAAUGCAACUUAUUCCAGAUCCCCUCUAUACGCUGCCUACUGAUAACACCUAUCUACUCGCUAUAACCUCAACUGAAAAUGGGCGAAUCUUUUUGGCUGGGAAAGAUGGCUGUUUGUACGAAGUUGCUUACCAGGCUGAUGGACGCUGGUUUGGCAAGCGAUGCUGGAAGAUCAAUCAUUCAAAGAGUACCCUUUCUUUCCUCAUUCCAUCAGUGCUUCAGUUCACGUUUUCAGAAGAUGAUCCCAUUGUUCAGAUUGCCAUUGACAACUCACGGAAUAUCUUGUAUACACGCUCUGAAAAAGGUGUGAUACAGGUUUAUGAUUUAGGUGCAGAUGGUCAAGGGAUGAUGCGGGUGGCUUCUGUUUCACAGAAUGCUAUUGUGUCUGCAGCUGGAAAGAUUGCCAGGACUAUAGACCGUUCUGUGUUUAGGCCUAUUGUCCAGAUAGCAGUGAUUGAAAAUUCUGAAUCUCAAGAUUGUCAUCUAUUGGCAAUCACUCAUGCAGGUGUCCGCCUGUAUUUCAGUGUGUGCCCAUUUAAGCAUCCUUUUGCCCGUCCUUCAUCACUGAUGUUGAUUCACGUCCGCCUACCCCCAGGAUUUUCUGCUGCUUCCAAUGUGGAAAAGCCAUCAAAGGUCCACCGAGCCCUUUAUACUAAAGGUGUUCUACUAAUGGCUGCUUCAGAAAAUGAAGAUAAUGAUAUCCUGUGGUGCAUUAAUCAUGACUCUUUCCCUUUUCAAAAGCCAAUGAUGGAAACACAGAUGAAAACAUCUGUUGAUGGACAUUCCUGGGCUCUUUCUGCAGUAGAUGAGCAGAAAGUUCAGAAGAUAUUAAGCCCAUUAAAUAAAGAUUCAAUUCCGAUAACAGACUAUCCCGUGGUGGUGCAGCAGCAUAUGCUACCACCGAAGAAGUUUGUUGUCCUUUCAGCACAGGGGAGUUUUAUGUUUCAUAAGCUGAGACCUGUAGAUCAGCUGCGACAUCUUUUUGUAUGCAAUGCUGGUGGGGACGGGGAAGAUAUUGAAAGGUUUUUCAAACUUCACCCGGGAGAACAAGCUUGUGCUACCUGCCUUAUCCUUGCCUGUUCUUCUGCUGCUUGUGAUAGAGAAGUAUCAGGUUGGGCUACCCGAGCGUUUUUCAGAUACGGUGGUGAAGCACAAUUGCGAUUUUCAUCUCUCAUUCCUCCUCCAAGUAAUGUCGGAUCUAUACUGGGUUCUCCUGUUCCACCGGGUUCCCCUCUUCCUCCUGGUAGCCCAUACCCUAAUCCAAGCUUUUUGGCAACGCCAACACCAGGUUUACAGCCUCCUGGUAUGUCAACUCCAGUCCAUGCUUCAGGCGGUCAGAUGUUCCAGCCUGGUGCUUCCACAAAUGGCAUGAUGAACCCCGAGAUAGUGUUUUCUGGAAAACACAAUGGUAUCUGCAUUUAUUUCGCUCGAAUUAUAGGAAACAUUUGGGAUGGAAGUAUCGUGGUGGAGCGAGUUUUCAAGAGUGGCAAUAAGGCGAUCGUCACUGUUGAAAGUAGUGUUCCCCCACAAGUGUUAGAAUCUGUAUUGCAAGAUUUAAAAGGGCUGCAAGAUUUUUUGGAUAGAAAUUCUCAAUUUGCAACAGUAGGAUCCCUUAGAAAUCCCAGCUUCACGACUCCAGCUAGCCUGCAGCAACGAUUACUUGGGUACAUGAGGUCUGAUGGUGGAGUUUCUCAACAAAUGCAACAAGAGACCCAGAGGAAGUUUCAUGCUGAAGCACAGUUAUGGGAGAAGGUCUCUCUACAGGGCAUCCAGCAGCUUGUUCAGAAAACCUGCCAGGCUUUGGCGUUAUGGAAGCUUCUUUGUGAGCACCAAUUUAAUAUUGUUGUAGGUGAGCUUCAGAAGGAACUUCAAGAACGUUUAAAGGUUACUACUUUCAGAGACUUAGUAAUUAGAGAUAAAGAGCUAGCGGGAGCCCUCAUUGCUUCUCUAAUCAACUGUUACAUCAGAGACCAUGCUGCUGUUGAUGGCAUUAGUUCACACUUGCAAGACAUUUGUCCACUGCUCUACAGCACAGAUGAUGCUAUCUGUUCAAAGGCAAAUGAAUUACUCCAGAGGUCCCGACAAGUUCAGAACAAAUCUGAGAAGGAAAAGAUGCUUAGAGAGUCCCUGAAGGAAUAUCAGAAGAUUAGCACCCAAGUGGACCUUGCAGAUGUGUGUGCUCAGUAUAGGCAAGUGCGGUUCUAUGAGGGAGUGGAAGAACUCGCUCUGACAGCUGCAGAGAGGAAGGAUCCUCAAGGCCUUGGGCUCCAUUAUUACAAAAAUGGAGAACCAGAAGAGGAUGUUACAGGGUUUCAGGCCUUUCAAGAGAGAUUAAACUGCUAUAAGUGUAUCACGGACACUCUUCAGGAGCUGGUCAAUCAAAGCAAAGCUGCUCCACAGUCUCCCAGUGUUCCAAAAAAACCUGGUCCUCCUGUUUUGUCAUCUGAUCCCAAUAUGCUAAGCAAUGAAGAAGCAGGACAUCAUUUUGAACAAAUGCUUAAAUUGGCCCAGCGUUCCACAGAUGAACUGUUUAGUAUUGCUCUUUAUGGCUGGCUGGUACAGGCUGAUCUUUCAGAUAAACUGCUGCAGAUAAACUCCCCCUUUCUGGAACCAUAUCUGACGCGUAUGGCCAAGGUGGAUCAAAACAAAGUUCGCUAUAUGGAUUUGUUGUGGAGAUACUUUGAGAAAAAUAGAAGUUUUAGCAGUGCAGCCAGAGUGCUGGCAAAGUUAGCAGAUAUGCACAGCACGGAGAUUUCACUCCAACAGCGUCUCGAGUACAUUGCACGGGCCAUUUUGAGCGCAAAGAGCUCCACAGCCAUCUCACCUAUUGCAGCAGAUGGUGAAUUUUUGCAUGAGUUGGAAGAGAAAAUGGAAGUUGCCAGGAUACAGUUUCAGAUACAAGAAGCAUUACAGCGUCAGUGUUCUCAUCAUUCUUCAGUGCAAGAGGCUAUUUCCCGGCUGGAUUCUGAGCUCAUGGAUAUUAGCAAGCUUUAUGCAGAAUUUGCUGAUCCGUUCAAGCUCUCUGAGUGCAAACUGGCCAUUAUACAUUGUGCUGGUCAUUCCGACACUAUUUUGGUGCAGACCCUUUGGCAAGAAAUAAUUGAGAGAGCCCUGAGUGAUAGUGUGGCUUUGAGUGCUCCGGACAGGAUGCAAGCUGUUAGCUUGAAGAUGAUAACGCUUGGAAAAAUCUAUGCUGGGACACCUCGUUAUUUUCCUUUAGACUUCUUAGUGCAGUAUUUAGAACAGCAAGUUUGUUCUUUGAACUGGGAUGUGGGUUUUGUAACUUACACAAUGCAAGAAAUUGGUGUGCCUCUGCCCAGGCUUCUUGAAGUAUACGAUCAGCUGUUCAAAGCACGGGAUCCAUUCUGGAGCAAAAUGAAGAAGCCGUUGCAUCUUUUGGAAUGCAUUCAUGUAUUAUUAUCAGGAUAUGUGCAGGAUCCUAACAAAGUGCUUGCCUUUGAGAGACGUUGAUUCACAAAUAUUUGCUUGGAUGCUAUUAGCUGUUACCUUGUUGAAUUGCAGUCCAUAAGUCCAACGCUUGCUGUACAGACCAUCACAGGAAACUUUAAAUCUUUACAGGCUAAAUUAGAGCGGCUUCAUUGAGUGCAGUUAUACAUAAUUCUUUUGUCUAGGUGGAAUGAAAUGUCACUGCACUGGAAUCUGAAAAAGGCUUUAUAAACUUUAUAAACAACCCUGAAACAAUCAAACUCCCUGCUGAAGUGGAUGAUUGAGUGAUUAUACAUAUAUAUUGUAUGUUCUUAAUUGACCUAAUAUGUAACAGAAUGUACAAGUGGCAAGUGGCUUUUUUUUACUAUCUUUUUUUCCCCUUUAACAGUCUUAUAUGCUUUGGAUUAAAAUGUGUUGGAUAAUCUUACCAUGACAAUUAAAAUAAUUUGUAAAAUAGUUUUGUUUUCAAUUUGAGAUAGCAUUUGUACAAUGCAUUUGACCAUAAAAGUGGCAUGGAGUAACACUGCUAUGUAUUACAUUAUUGUCCUAUAUAGUGGCUUGUGUUUGUCAACAAAUAAUAUUACUUGAAUUGCUAGAUUGCACUGUGUCUUUAAGUUAUCCAAGGCAUCAAAGAGAUAAAGCCCUUCUGUCUUCUCCAGCUUUGCAUCCAUAUG